AUGAACGAAAAGAACACACUGAAAACGCACUCAUUAGAUCUGGAUGAUCAGGAACGUCAGCUUAGACGUGCUGAAUUUGCGGCCGAUUGCUGGCCUACUCAGUGGCAACAAAGACAGUUCAGCAGACGCAGAGCUGAGCUCGCGAAGCAACGUGACCAGUACCGCUCUGCUUGUAAGGAAUUAAACGAAUGCUUCCAACUCUAUUACGAACUUUACCGCGGCAAAAAUGUGAGCACUAAUGUUAGGCAUGUAAAUUCAACUCGUUACAUCAUUGAUAAAAAUCAGCCUGGAACUAGCUUCCAAGGCUGA